UAAGUGGUUAAAAAAGUUAACGGUCGAACACGUUUUAUGUGCAUAAAUCUGGGGGGAAUAUUGUUUCUAUUUUUUAUUAUUGAAACUGGCAUUUUUAAAAAUCUGUUUAGGGAAAUAUACACUGGUGAUUAGCAAUGUUGUGGACAAGUAACGACGAUCCAGAAUCAACGCCGACGGAGCCAAACGAACUACAGGAUGAAAAUAAUUCUAGUGUACCAGAUUCUAAGCCGAGACCAAAAGCAAGAAGAGAUGACAGUGACUUUUCUGACCCAGUUUUCAAAAAGCUUUCUAGGUUAAAUGGAGAAGUUAACCAGAUGACAAAAGAAGAGUUGAAAGUUAAACUGACAACUUUGAGACUAGAUUCUAGAGGUGUGAAGGAUAUUCUGAAACGCCGUUUAAAAAACUACUACAAGAAACAAAGUCUGAUGAAGGCACAUAUUAAAUCUCCGGGCAACACAAAGUUUGACUACCUUCUCGUCAUCGACUAUGAAGCGACCUGCAUGGAAAACAACACAAACUACAAACAUGAAAUCAUCGAGUUCCCUGGUGUGCUUAUUGAUGUCCAGGAAAUGAAGAUUGUGGACGAAUUCCACUGUUACUGUAAGCCGCAACUAAACCGUCGUCUCACAGCUUUCUGUACACAGCUGACAGGUAUAACUCAGGAGAAGGUGGAUGCUGCUGCGGAGUUCCCAGAAGUUUUGUCCAGGUUUCAGGAGUGGAUGUCUUCCCACCACCUUCACGAGUACUACAAAGUGGCCAUAGUAACAGAUGGGCCCUGGGACAUGAGUCGGUUUAUGUUCACGCAGUGUCAGCUGUCGGGUAUCUGUUAUCCUAGAUGGGCCAAGAAGUGGAUCAACAUCCGCAAACUGUAUUCAAACUACUACCAGUGUCGACGCUGCAGGAUUGAGGAAAUGUUGUCCCGACUGGGCAUGAAGUUCGAGGGAAACCUACACAGUGGGAUAGACGAUGCUCGCAACAUCGCCAGAAUCGCAAUGCACAUGCUUAAAGAUGGCUGUGCAUUCAAACUGAAUGAAUUUAUUAACAUUUACCAGCAUGGGGCAGCCAAACAAGUCCAGGCUGAGGUUGAAAUAAUAAACAAUAAAAUAUUUGAUGAUGAUGAUGAAGAAGAACAUAGUCCAGAAACCGAUGGUGAAUCGGUUGAUGGCGGUGUGACACGGAAACCUCUCAACACUGGUGUGACACCAUCACGGUCGACAUCUUCCUCACAAGAGUCACAGGUGUCGCAAUCGGUGUCGGUGCUGUCAUCGCGGGACUCCGAGCCGUCUCAGUCGGUGACCGCGCUCAGUUUGUCCGAGUCAGGGGAGAGUGUGGAUGACCUGAUUCACUAUUACAAACUGCAGUCUUUGUGAUACCCAGACAGUCUACAACACUUGGUACUACUAACUGCAGUCUUUGUGAUACCCAGACAGUCUACAACACUUGGUACUACUAACUGCAGUCUUUGUGAUACCCAGACAGUCUACAACACUUGGUACUACUAACUGCAGUCUUUGUGAUACCCAGACAGUCUACAACACUUGGUACUACUAACUGCAGUCUUUGUGAUAACCAGACAGUCUACAACACUUGGUACUACAAACUGCAGUCUUUGUGAUACCCAGACAAUCUACAACACUUGGUACUAUUAACUGCAGUCUUUGUGAUACCCGGACAGUCUACAACACUUGGUACUACUAACUGCAGUCUUUGUGAUACCAAGACAGUCUUCAACACUUGGUACUACAAACUGCAGUCUUUGUGAUACCCGGACAAUCUACAACACUUGGUACUACUAACUGCAGUCUUUGUGAUACCCGGACAGCCUUCAACACUUGGUACUACUAACUGCAGUCUUUGUGAUACCCGGACAGUCUACAACACUUGGUACUACUAACUGCAGUCUUUGUGAUACCCGGACAGUCUACAACAGUUUGUACUACUAACUGCAGUCUUUGUGAUACCCGGACAGCCUUCAACACUUGGUACUACUAACUGCAGUCUUUGUGAUACCCGGACAGUCUACAACACUUUGUACUACUAACUGCAGUCUUUGUGAUACCCGGACAGUCUACAACACUUUGUACUACUAACUGCAGUCUUUGUGAUACCCGGACAGUCUACAACACUUUGUACUACUAACUGCAGUCUUUGUGAUACCCAGACAGUCUACAACACUUGGUACUACUAACUGCAGUCUUUGUGAUACCCAGACAGUCUACAACACUUGGUACUACAAACUGCAGUCUUUGUGAUACCCAGACAGUCUACAACACUUGGUACUACAAACUGCAGUCUUUGUGAUACCCAGACAGUCUACAACACUUGGUACUACAAACUGCAGUCUUUGUGAUACCCAGACAGUCUACAACAUUUGGUACUACAAACUGCAGUCUUUGUGAUACCCAGACAGUCUACAACACUUGGUACUACUAACUGCAGUCUGUGUGAUACCAGACAGUCGUAAACACUUGGUACUACAAACUGCAGUCUUUGUGAUACUCAGACAGUCGUAAACACUUGGUACUACAAACUGCAGUCUUUGUGAUACCAAGACAGUCUUCAACACUUGGUACUACUAACUGCAGUCUUUGUGAUACCCAGACAGUCUACAACACUUGGUACUACAAACUGCAGUCUUUGUGAUACCCAGACAGUCUACAACACUUGGUACUACAAACUGCAGUCUUUGUGAUACCCAGACAGUCUACAACACUUGGUACUACAAACUGCAGUCUUUGUGAUACCAAGACAGUCUUCAACACUUGGUACUACUAACUGCAGUCUUUGUGAUACCCAGACAGUCUACAACACUUGAUACUACAAACUGCAGUCUUUGUGAUACCAGACAGUCUACAACACUUGGUACUACAAACUGCAGUCUUUGUGAUACCCAGACAGUCGUAAACACUUGGUACUACAAACUGCAGUCUUUGUGAUACCAAGACAGUCUUCAACACUUGGUACUACUAACUGCAGUCUUUGUGAUAUCCAGACAGUCUACAACACUUGGUACUACAAACUGCAGUCUUUGUGAUAUCCAGACAGUCUACAAUACUUAGUACUACAAACUGCAGUCUUUGUGAUACCCACACAGUCUACAACAUUUGGUACUACAAACUGCAGUCUUUGUGAUAUCCAGACAGUCUACAACACUUGGUACUACAAACUGCAGUCUUUGUGAUAUCCAGACAGUCUACAACACUUGGUACUACAAACUGCAGUCUUUGUGAUACCCAGACAGUCUACAACACUUGGUACUACAAACUGCAGUCUUUGUGAUACCAAGACAGUCUUCAACACUUGGUACUACUAACUGCAGUCUUUGUGAUACCCAGACAGUCUACAACACUUGGUACUACAAACUGCAGUCUUUGUGAUAUCCAGACAGUCGUAAACACUUGGUACUACAAACUGCAGUCUUUGUGAUACCAAGACAGUCUUCAACACUUGGUACUACUAACUGCAGUCUUUGUGAUACCCAGACAGUCUACAACACUUGGUACUACAAACUGCAGUCUUUGUGAUACCCAGACAGUCUACAACAGUUUGUACUACUAACUGCAGUCUUUGUGAUACCCGGACAGCCUUCAACACUUGGUACUACUAACUGCAGUCUUUGUGAUACCCGGACAGUCUACAACACUUUGUACUACUAACUGCAGUCUUUGUGAUACCCGGACAGUCUACAACACUUUGUACUACUAACUGCAGUCUUUGUGAUACCCAGACAGUCUACAACACUUUGUACUACUAACUGCAGUCUUUGUGAUACCCAGACAGUCUACAACACUUGGUACUACUAACUGCAGUCUUUGUGAUACCCAGACAGUCUACAACACUUGGUACUACAAACUGCAGUCUUUGUGAUACCCAGACAGUCUACAACAUUUGGUACUACAAACUGCAGUCUUUGUGAUACCCAGACAGUCUACAACAUUUGGUACUACAAACUGCAGUCUUUGUGAUACCCAGACAGUCUACAACACUUGGUACUACAAACUGCAGUCUUUGUGAUACCCAGACAGUCUACAACACUUGGUACUACAAACUGCAGUCUUUGUGAUACCCAGACAGUCUACAACACUUGGUACUACAAACUGCAGUCUUUGUGAUACCCAGACAGUCUACAACAUUUGGUACUACAAACUGCAGUCUUUGUGAUACCCAGACAGUCUACAACACUUGGUACUACUAACUGCAGUCUGUGUGAUACCAGACAGUCGUAAACACUUGGUACUACAAACUGCAGUCUUUGUGAUACUCAGACAGUCGUAAACACUUGGUACUACAAACUGCAGUCUUUGUGAUACCAAGACAGUCUUCAACACUUGGUACUACUAACUGCAGUCUUUGUGAUACCCAGACAGUCUACAACACUUGGUACUACAAACUGCAGUCUUUGUGAUACCCAGACAGUCUACAACACUUGGUACUACAAACUGCAGUCUUUGUGAUACCCAGACAGUCUACAACACUUGGUACUACAAACUGCAGUCUUUGUGAUACCAAGACAGUCUUCAACACUUGGUACUACUAACUGCAGUCUUUGUGAUACCCAGACAGUCUACAACACUUGAUACUACAAACUGCAGUCUUUGUGAUACCAGACAGUCUACAACACUUGGUACUACAAACUGCAGUCUUUGUGAUACCCAGACAGUCGUAAACACUUGGUACUACAAACUGCAGUCUUUGUGAUACCAAGACAGUCUUCAACACUUGGUACUACUAACUGCAGUCUUUGUGAUAUCCAGACAGUCUACAACACUUGGUACUACAAACUGCAGUCUUUGUGAUAUCCAGACAGUCUACAAUACUUAGUACUACAAACUGCAGUCUUUGUGAUACCCACACAGUCUACAACAUUUGGUACUACAAACUGCAGUCUUUGUGAUAUCCAGACAGUCUACAACACUUGGUACUACAAACUGCAGUCUUUGUGAUAUCCAGACAGUCUACAACACUUGGUACUACAAACUGCAGUCUUUGUGAUACCCAGACAGUCUACAACACUUGGUACUACAAACUGCAGUCUUUGUGAUACCAAGACAGUCUUCAACACUUGGUACUACUAACUGCAGUCUUUGUGAUACCCAGACAGUCUACAACACUUGGUACUACAAACUGCAGUCUUUGUGAUAUCCAGACAGUCGUAAACACUUGGUACUACAAACUGCAGUCUUUGUGAUACCAAGACAGUCUUCAACACUUGGUACUACUAACUGCAGUCUUUGUGAUACCCAGACAGUCUACAACACUUGGUACUACAAACUGCAGUCUUUGUGAUACCCAGACAGUCUACAACACUUGGUACUACAAACUGCAGUCUUUGUGAUACCCACACAGUCUACAACAUUUGGUACUACAAACUGCAGUCUUUGUGAUAUCCAGACAGUCUACAACACUUGGUACUACAAACUGCAGUUUUUGUGAUAUCCAGACAGUCUACAACACUUGGUACUACAAACUGCAGUCUUUGUGAUACCCAGACAGUCUACAACACUUGGUACUACAAACUGCAGUCUUUGUGAUACCAAGACAGUCUUCAACACUUGGUACUACUAACUGCAGUCUUUGUGAUACCCAGACAGUCUACAACACUUGGUACUACAAACUGCAGUCUUUGUGAUAUCCAGACAGUCGUAAACACUUGGUACUACAAACUGCAGUCUUUGUGAUACCAAGACAGUCUUCAACACUUGGUACUACUAACUGCAGUCUUUGUGAUACCCAGACAGUCUACAACACUUGGUACUACAAACUGCAGUCUUUGUGAUACCCAGACAGUCGUAAACACUUGGUACUACAAACUGCAGUCUUUGUGAUACCAAGACAGUCUUCAACACUUGGUACUACUAACUGCAGUCUUUGUGAUACCCAGACAGUCGUAAACACUUGGUACUACAAACUGCAGUCUUUGUGAUACUCAGACAGUCGUAAACACUUGGUACUACAAACUGCAGUCUUUGUGAUACUCAGACAGUCUACAACACUUGGUACUACAAACUGCAGUCUUUGUGAUACCCAGACAGUCGUAAACACUUGGUACUACAAACUGCAGUCUUUGUGAUACUCAGACAGUCGUAAACACUUCUCUUUUUCUUUUCUUUUUUAUCCCACUGCCCCCUUUCCUAUUUCUCCUUUGACUUCCAUCUCAUUUCUUCCCGAUCUGGCAGCUCCUAUCUUUCAACUUCUGUUGCUGUCCACCUCCAUAUCCCGUGCCACAGACCCGACAUUCCCCAAUAGCUCUAGCUGGGCUUAGUGUAACCACUUUGGAGAGUGUUUAGUAGUUACUUCUGGCAUUGUUAAGAGGCACUUGUAACCACCUACUAUAAUCCCCUAAUACCGGUGGUCGUUAGUGCCGUGGGUCAGACCAGUGUUAGCGGCAGAGGACAAGGAUGCCACGUGGGUGCAGUAGUCUACAACACUUGGUACUACAAACUGCAGUCUUUGCGAUACAGGGGUGGGACAUAGCCCUGUGGUAAAGCACUUGCUUUAUGAGUAUUUGGUUUAGGAUAGACCCCCCCCCCCCCCCCCCCCCCCCCCAUCGGUGGGCCCAUUAGGCUGUUUCUCGUUCCAGCCAGUGCAC